UUCCAGAAUGGAGUGGUGGUAUGACUACUAGCAGUAUUGAAGCUGCUAAGAAGAAAGUGCCCCUUGACAGUGAUGAUGAUGAUGAUGAUGAUAAGCUAGAUCCUCUCAAACUUAUGGCAUAUCAUUAUUCAUGUGUGAAGAAACCCAGCCACGAUGUUCAACAAAGUGAAGAAGAAGAUCCAGCAGAUGCAAUUGCACGAGAACUGAAACAUCUAGAUAUUCAAGACACUGAACGUGAAGCACAAAACAAAAGAAAGGACUUUGGAUCAAAACGAAAUGACAUGCUGGAGAAGAAGUACAAGAGGAAUGGGCCAGUGAAGGACUCAUUUAAACCCUUCAACUUUCACGGGCUUCACACAUUCGCGAAUUCCCAACCGCCAAAUUCCCAGCCACCAAAUUCCCAGCCGCCAAUUCAUAUUCAAGUUUCCCGCCACCUGCGAGUCCCUACUACCCUCCCUCCGACCCCCGCAACUAGCAGCGCAAGAUUGCUGCAAGAAACAAGAGAGAAACUAAAGACAAUCAAGAGAGAGACCAUUGGUCUUCCCCCAGCAUCCUCUCUGUUACAGUACCGUGAUGCCAAACAAAAUAAAGACUUUUUUGACUCUGAUGAGGAGCAGGAUGAAGAAGAAUCUUAUCCAGCAAAUGAUUUGCACAACUAUUAUGAAAACUUGCAUAACCUUGAAGAAAACUAG